AUGACCAGUGACAGUGAAGACUGUACAGCUAAGGGUAUGGGCCGGCAGCGCUGGCUCUGUCCCUGCCGCGUUCACACACUCACCCUCCUACUCUCCGAGCCCGGUGGCAGCGACGCGUCAUGGCCCUCCCUGCGUGCGGGCGCCACUGCCUCGGCAACGCCCACGCCACGUGAGCCUCUCUCGGGAGAGCUGGCAGCCGCUACCGGGUCAUUCUCCUCUCCCGGGUUUCCCCAGGGAAAGGAAAUCUGCCGAAACCCCUCUGUACCUCGGAAUUCGUUGUCGCGGCGCCAGCCGCGCCGGCUCCAAACCAGCAGACCUCGGCUACUGAGCGCUAGCUCUGGGGUGCAGCCGUUUAAACCUCCCGCCGUUGUCUCAGCAACGCUUACCUCGUGUCAGCCUCUCUCGGGAGAGCCGGAGGCCAUUGCCGGUCAUUUUCCUCUCAUGAAUUUCCGCAGGGGAAGGCAGGCUGUCGGAGCUCUCCUGUACUUCGAGAUUCGUUGCCGCUGCUCCGGCUCCAAAGCAGCAGACCUUGGCUACGGAAAGAAAGAAAAAGGCCUUUCGCCUCUUCUCAGACACUUUGGGAAAGGCUGUGUUCAGCAGUGUUCUGUGUCUCACAAGGGUUCUGCUUCCAGUACCCCAGUGACUUUCAGAGAUAACCAAUCCUUUUUCUCCUGGAUGAACUGGCUGCUCUUGUCUUGGACACAUGUACAGUUCACUGGCCAGAAUUUUCCUGACUGCAGACUACAUCUGCUACUUCUGGUCCUUCUGCUGCAAAGUUCUGAGAAGAAUCUGACUUCAGAUUCUCUGCAAGCCCCAUUGCUCCAGCUUGAGCUAGAGAAAUGCUGUGAUUCACUUGCCCUGUCAUUUUUCUGUCUGAGGAAAAUAAGCCUGGUUACCUUAUCCUCAACUCAAAUACCAUCUUCUCCAGAUUCCUCACCAUCGCCGUGUCCCUUUAUUGCAGUUAUACCCAUCUGUCUGCAAUAAGAAGUUUAAAACUGGGUACAGGUAUUCUAGAAAUAUACUUUCCAAUUUCAAGCAGAAGAAAAUAAUCACUUCCCCAGCUCGUACCUCAGUGACUUCACCAGACUCUUCUGUUUUUAAGAAAGGUAGCAAAGAAGAACUAUGAAACUACAGGCUGGUGAGUCUCACAUUGAUGCCUAGGAAGACCAUGGAGCAGCUCCUCCUGCAAAACAUGGCAAGGCACAUGAAGGAUGAGGAGGUGAUCCAAGACAGCGAGCGCACCUUCACCAAGGGCAAGUCAUGCCUGACCAAAUUGGUGGUCUUCUCUGAUGGGGUAAUGGCAUUGAUAGAAUAAGGAAGGGCAACUAAUGCCAUCUGCGUGAACUUGUGCAAGGUUUUUGACACUGUCGCACACCACAUCCCUAUCUCUAAAGUGGAGAAAUGUGGUUUUGAAGGGUGGACUAUUGUUUGGAUAAGAAACUGGAUGGUCAUAGCCAGAAUGUUGUCGUUAAUGGCUCCAAGUGUCACCCAGGAGUCUGUCUUGGGACCAGUACUCUUCAACAUCUUUAUCAGUGAGCUAGAUAACAGGACUGAGUGCACUUUCAGCAAGUUUGGAGACAAGAGCAAGCUGAGUAAUGCAGCUGAUACAACAGAAUGAAGGAAUGCCAUUCAGAGAGACCUGGACAUGCUUGAGAUGUGGGCCAAUGAGAACAUAAUCAUAGAAUCAUAGAAUCGCUAAGGUUGGAAAAGACCCACAGGAUCACCCAGUCCAACCAUUCACCCAUCACCAAUGGUUCUCACUAAACCGUGUCCCUCAACACAACAUCCAAA